GCUACUAUGGCAGUGAUGGGAGGGAAAACUGCAUCCUCUGAUGCUGCUCUACAUCAGAAGGCAGACAAACUGAUGGAGAAGGUGAAGAAGCAGAAGAUGGAUAAAAAACAGCAAGACCUUCAGAAAAAACAAAAGAAGAAGAUGGGUAAAAUAGCGUUGAGCACGAAGCUGCCGAAAGCUAAAGCCUUCAAGAAACCGGAUAAGAUGAAGACUGCGAUGGGGAAGACAAGCAAAGGUGUGGCAGCUGAAGGUGGGCCUUUUGAAGACCGAAAACUUAAACGCAAAUCUCCAGACACUGACAAUGCUACAGAAAAGCCAAGCAAGAAGCAGAAACUGCCAGCAGAGAAGAAGGCUGCACCAGGCGGGAAGGAGGACAGGCCACAACUUCACGAACUGAAGAAGAAGGAGCGGAAAGUCGUUCGACAGCAGCACACCAACAAGAAUUAUGAUCUUGCUGUCCAAGCAAAAAAAAUCUGGGAAGAACUGAGAAAACAGGAUGUGAGUGAUGCUGAGAAACAGAAGCUCUGUGCUCAACUGUGGAAGAUGAUAAAAGGCAAGUCGCCGGAGUUGAUUUUCGCCCACGACACAGUGCGAGUCAUCGAGUGUUUGGAGAAGUACGGUAGCGCCACCUACAGGAAUGCACUGUUCGAGGAAUUGAAAGACAUGAUAGUGCCUAUGGCAAAGUCGAAAUACGCCAAGUUCUUCGUGGAGAAGUUGAUAAAGUACGGAACGAAGGUGCAACGAAAAGCCAUCUUCCACAGCUUCUCUGGACAGGCGGGCCAGCGUCAGGGCGAUGGUGCGGCGAAGACGAGUUCUACCAUAUGCGACAAAGCUCUCGCAGUUGUUGUGCAAGGGUACAAGAUCCGCGUCGGGCAAAUCCGCGGAAGUUUGCCGUCGCGUAACGGCCGUAAACGUGGCGGUAAACAAACCGUGUUCCCGGAACAUUUGUUUUUCCGCACCCAGAAUGCCAUGGAGAUGAAAUCACAGGUCCGCUCGAUCAAGAUAUUCGCGGCCCGCGAGGGAAGCCCGAACAAGGAAGGAAGGCGAUCUACUCCAGCAUUCAAGGAGAAUCUGCUCAAACCUAACGAAAAGAAUGUGUUGCAGCACAGCAUCGUGCACCGAGUCUUCCUGGACUUCUUCACGCACGCCGCCGACUACGCGCCGAGGUCAGAGGUCAUCGAGGCCCUGCGCGACACCGUCGUUCACAUGGUUCACACGAGAGAGGGCGCCAAAGUAGCGAUGCACUGCGUGUGGCACGGCACGGCCAAGGACAGGAAGCACAUUCUUAAGAGUUUGAAGACGCACGUGGUGCGCGUGUGCGUGGAGGAACAUGCGCAUCUGGUGCUGCUAGCACUGUGUGACGUCGUCGACGACACGAAACUCAUGCAGAAACUCGUGCUAUCUGAGAUGAUCAGAUCUUUAAAGGAGACGGCAUUCAACCCUUACGGACGUAAGGUGCUGCUGUACCUGCUCUCGCGCAGGGAUCCUCUCUACUUUCACCCGGACGUUGUGAAGCUUCUACAGGAUGGAGAUAAUAACAACACCAGUAAGAAGGACCAGGCAUUGCGAGAGAAUGAGCUUCGGGAGGGAGUCUCGGCUCCCGCUCUGAAGCUGAUCGCCGAUAACGCUGAGGAGAUGGUGAAGGAAAAAUCGCUGUGCUUUCUCGUUCUCACCAUUCUCAAUCAUGCCGUGGGUGAUGUCCGGCCGGCGCUGGAAGCCAUCGUCGAUCUGUGUCAGCGGCCGUUCCAGACCGGCAAAUCAGCAGAAAGCUUUCACAUAGUCGAGCAAGCAUCGGGCCACCUGGUGGUGAAACGUCUCAUACAGAGCGACAAGGAGAGAAUAGAGAAAGGACAGCCGAGUUUCUGUGAGAUGCUGCUGGAGAGCUUACCGGAGGGCUGUCUGAAAUCCUGGGUCUCAUGUAACAGAGGUUCCUUCAUCGUAGUCGCGCUUCUGGAGACAGAAAUUCCAAGCGUGGUUGAAAAGGUAAAGAAAGAAUUGACGGGAUGUAAGAAUAUGCUGGGUAAAUCUUCCUUCAAGGGUGCCGAAAUAUUGCUGGCAAAGCUCAAAUGACAUCUCUCUCUCUAUCACUCCGUGGGCAAACAGGCAAUGUAAUUUACUAGAGCCCUGUUGCCAUUUGUCAGCAGUAUUGCCAGCCACCUUGGUUACGUUGCAAGCUAUUGACACCAGGGCGUAAUGGAUGCGCUGGGGUUGUGUCUCUUGGUGUGUGUUUGUAAAAAAAAAUUGAGCAGAAAUGGUAAACAAUGGUGAUCUAAAAGUUCUAAUAGGCAUAUUUCACAAUGACCUGGAUUGGCAGGAAGUUUAUAUUGAGAUUAGGAUGCGAUAAAAGGAUUUAUUCCCUGCAUGCGUGCAUAGAUCUACAAAUGGUACAUUGAUCACAUAUUAACAAUUAUGUCAACAAUUAUGUUAUGCAAUGAUACCGACGGAUUGCUUGCUAAAGAUGCAAGUUGCGUGACGACAUAAAUUUGGUUGAAUUGUGAUUUGACAUCAAGCAUCGUAAUACAAUGCAAAGUAAAUGCUUAUGUUUGUACAUCAUUAUAUGUGAAUGUCAAGUCUGUAAUUUAUUGCAGGUCUCAUUAAAAUACUAUAUUUAAUUGUA